ACAACACAACCAGUCUUCGGCGUCGAACGAAGACACACAGCAACAUGAAGCUCUCGGUUGUUCUGGUCGUCUCACUGGCCGUAGUGGCCCUUGCGAGCGAGGAGAAAGGUGCCACAAAACAAGCGGCUGCCGAAGAUAAGAAACAGGAGAAACGUGGUAUCUUCGAUACUGGUUCUUAUGGCGGCAGCUCCGGUCAUGGAAGUUACAGCUUUAGCGGCGGUGAAGGAGGCCAAAGUGGUCAUGGAAGCUACAGCUAUAGCAACGGUAACGGAGGUGGUGAUGGAGGUCACAGCUUCAGCAGCAACGAAGGAUACAGCUACGGUGGUCAAGGUGGCGGACACGAUUUCGGAGGCCAGGAGGGCCACAACUUUGGAGGCCAAGAGGGCCACAACUUUGGUGGUCUAGAGGGCCACAGCUUUGGAGGCUAUGGAGGCGGCGAAUUCAGUUCAGGCUCUAGCGAUUCAUGGAAGCCGAUUUCCAGCGGAGGCAACGAGGGUCACUCUCAUCAUGAACACGUCAAGACCAUCGAGGUAGUGAAGAAAGUGCCCGUACCUUACACCGUAGAGAAACACGUUCCCUACACCGUCGAGAAGAAAGUUCCCUAUGAAGUCAAAGUGCCUUAUCCUCAGCCCUAUACCGUCGAGAAGAAAGUACCUUACCCCGUCAAGGAGUACGUCAAAUACCCCGUCUAUGUGCCCGAACCUUACGAAGUAGAGAAGAAGGUCCCAUAUGAAGUGAAAGUACCAGUUGACAAGCCUUACGAAGUCAAAGUUAAAGUGCCAACUCCUUACACCGUUGAGAAGAAAGUGCCCUACGAAGUUAAAGUACCUGUUCCUCAGCCCUACACCGUUGAGAAGAAGGUACCCGUACCAGUUAAAUACGAAGUCAAAGUACCCCAGCCCUACGAAGUCAUCAAGAAGGUACCUUACGAAGUGAAAGUUCCAGUCGAUAGGCCAUACAACGUGUACGUGCCUAAACCUUACCCAGUAACCGUUGAGAAGCCGUACCCAGUAACGGUUCAUAAGCACGUGCCCUAUGAAGUCAAGGUCCCUGUUGACAGGCCCUACAAGGUCGAAGUUGAGAAGCCUUACCCAGUUCAUGUUAAAGUGCCAGUUCCUCAGCCUUAUGACGUAUACAAAAAGGUUCCCUAUACUGUCGAGAAGGGAGUGCCCUACGAAGUCAAAGUACCUAUUGACAAGCCUUACCCCGUAUACAAGAACGUUGGAGUUCCUUUAGUCAAAGAGGUACCUUACCCCGUUAAGGAGCAUUAUCCAAUUUACCUUAAGAAGGAAGAGGAGCACCAUGGCCACCAUGGCUGGAACUGAGCUGUGUUCCAUUAAAUCUCUCACCCAGUACCUUAUAGGCUAAGUUCAAAAUGUGAUCGUUUAGAGUUUCUAGUGUAUAUUUGAUUCAUUGUUAAGAUACUGGUGUGCUGCUCGUUCACGUUUGUAUGGUUGUGAUUGCGAGUACUGAAUUGGUUGUAAGAACGAAUGCAGAAAUUAAAGUUCCACAAACGCGGACAAGCAACCUUUAGAUAUACUGACCGUAAACGAUCUGUUGUUACUUAUUUAGCUUUUUUAUUUGCUUUGUUUAAAAUGUAAAUGACGAGUAUCUCGAAAGAGUACUCAAAGUUGAGGCUGAUAAAUAAAUGUAUUGAAAUGUU